AUGAGUCAGGAGGCUAUAGAGAAUACCAAGAAAGUUAAUGCAGCUCUGCGAGUCAUUGAGUCUAAGCCUUCAGUUAGAGACGAUAAGGAUUUAGAUUUGACGGAGUAUGAAUUAGAAGACGGUGUGAAGCGAUCUACUGUAGAAAGGGUGGUAAAGAGCGUACCGCCAGUGGCAGCCAGGGUACCAACGGACGAGGAAUUGUUCAAGCCGGACGGAUUACCAAACCAUGAGUUUUUGAAGAAACACUUCCUCAAAGAAGGACGACUAUCACGUGAUCAAACCAAAAGGAUUCUAGAGAUGGUGAUAGACGUAUUUGCCAAGGAACCGAAUCUGUUGAUGCUGAAUUCGCCAUUGACUAUUUGUGGUGACAUCCAUGGGCAAUAUUACGAUCUUAUGAAAUUAUUUGAAGUCGGAGGAGAUCCUAGUGAGACACCGUAUCUAUUUUUAGGUGAUUAUGUGGAUAGAGGCUCAUUCUCAUUUGAAUGUUUGAUCUAUUUGUAUGCGUUAAAGAUCAACUUCCCUAAGACAUUCUGGUUGUUACGUGGGAACCACGAGUGUAAACAUUUGACAUCAUAUUUCACUUUCAAGGCUGAGUGUUUGCACAAGUACGAUUUAUCCAUCUUUGAUGCUUGUUGCAAAUCGUUCAACUACUUACCCCUAGCUGCAGUGAUGAACAACCAAUAUUUCUGUACGCACGGUGGUAUUUCUCCAGAUUUGGUCUCCGUACAAGAUGUUAACAAGAUAAAUAGAUUUAGAGAGAUCCCUUCAAAGGGUUUGAUGUGUGAUUUGAUGUGGGCGGACCCAAUUGAAAAUUAUGAUGAGGAUUCUAAUUCCGAGGAGAGAUUUGUACCAAACUCGUUAAGAGGUUGUUCUUAUGCAUUCACUUAUAAAGCUGUAUGUGAUUUUUUGAAAAGAAACGGAUUGUUGUCAGUGAUACGAGCUCAUGAGGCCCAAGACCAAGGAUAUAGAAUGUACAAAAAUACCAAAUCGAUGGGGUUCCCAAGUUUAAUGACCCUUUUCAGUGCCCCAAACUACUUGGAUACUUACAAGAACAAGGCAGCUAUAUUGAAAUAUGGAGAUAACCUAAUGAAUAUCAGACAAUUUAACUUUUCACCGCAUCCAUAUUGGCUACCCAACUUUAUGGAUGUGUUUAGCUGGUCUUUACCUUUCGUCGGAGAAAAAGUCACCGAAAUGUUAAUUGCAAUUUUGAACAUUUGCGCGGAGGAAGAAUUGGAUGAAGAUGUGCCGAUUAUUGAUGAAGCUGUGGGAAAAAUAUCCGAGGUUGAUGAUGGUGUAAAUGAAAAGGAAUCUCCACGUUCUAACAUUCUUGAUGAAGCCAAACGCAGAUCUUUAAGAAACAAAAUCAUGGCGAUCGCUAAAGUGUCAAGAAUGUACAGCGUUCUACGAGAAGAAAGCGAAAAGGUCCAAUAUUUGAAAACGAUCAAUUCAGGUACUUUACCAAAGGGUGCUUUAGCUCAUGGUGCCGAAGGUCUAACAGAAACUUUAAGCGAAUUUGAGAAGGCUAGGAAGCAAGAUCUCAUCAACGAAAGGGUACCACCAAAGAUGGAAGAAAUGGAAUCUGAGAGAGAAAAGUACUAUAGAGAUAUGUUACAAAAGAUUAAAGGUGAUCAAAUAUGA